ACGGCAUUCGGCGGAUGUAUACACGGAUGUUCACAUUAUAUUGUAAUGAUGGCGGCAAUGAUAUGGGAUAAUGACUCGAUCAACUUUUUAAGUAGUCAGAUGGGAUUAUGCUUCGUUGCAAAAAAACUUGAGCCAUACACAGAACAAGGACUGAAGUAUGUGCACGCGGAGGUUUCUAAAGUAAUGGCCGCUGUCCCACCUUGCACAGUCCAAUGCAGUCGAACAUACGGCAGUAACAUAACAAGCUGGUGCAAAAGUUGUCGGGGUUGGAAAAAAUGGUUGGACCAGUUUAGAAGAAAAAGAGUUCCAUUAAACAUAGCUCGAUGUCAUUCAUGGAAAUGGAACGAGUCAUACCAGGAUAUUAUUGAAUUUUAUUGUCCAAAUGAAUGGGAGACUAUUCCCGGUAUACGAGACAUAGCUUGCAGCUGUCAUAUUUGGAAGAAUUGCACAAAGUUUAAGAUCAAGUCUUUUGUAACAUCCAAUGUACAGAAAGUCAGAAAUAAGUAUGUGGCCCACAACCAGGAUUUGAAAGUCAGCGAUGAUCAAAAGAGUGAAAUAUUCGAUGCUCUACAAGACCUUGUAAAGGACAGUGACAUUUCCAACAUUGAUACUAGAGAAUGCAUAGAACAACUUAUAAACAUUCAAAAUGGCGAUGUUUGCAACGAAGUUACACGCAUGUUACAUAUGCAACUCAAGAUUGAUCAGCAUCAAGUGACAUUAGAAAGUAUUGAGAAGACAGUUGAAAGGAUAUUAGCACAGACCUUUGACAGCCAACAUCCUGGAUUAAACGUUCGGAACAUUUGCAAGACAGCAUUUGGUCAGCUUACAAAGUGUUUUGUCAUAUGUUUUAUGGUCAUGAUUAUUGCAACCAUGAUUAUUGCAUUUACGUUCACGUACGUAAACACACCGAAACAAGGCAUCGUUGAACAGUACAGUGAUACAUGUAUUUCCGAGGAUUAUUCAUUUCCAGUACCACAAGAUCUGCCUUUGAACGGCUAUUUUUCUAACCACGGACCCCUCGUUGGAAGGGACUGGCUUUUUGCUGAAUUAGAAAAAGAUAUAUUUAAAGAUGAUAAAAUGCAUGGCAUAAUUAUAAAGGCUGAACUAGGAUAUGGGAAAUCCGCUUUGGUCAAUCAAGUAUUAUGCGCAAAGGAUGGCGAAAAGGGAAGUCACAUGAAAGCGAACGUUGUUGCGUUUCAUAUUUGUAAGUUUGAUGUCGCAAGCACAACUAACCCGGCCAGAUUUGUCACGAGAACAGCAGGACUUCUAUCAUCAACAAUUCCAGAAUAUAAAACCUUUCUCAAAGAGAAGCUUCCAGCUGACUCAAUCAUAUAUGAUCGGUUUGAAUGUGAACGAGAAAUUGAAGCAUGCUUUGAUCAGGCCAUUACUAUUCCUUUUCAAAAACUAAACAAUAUCAACAUGGGCGUUCGCGCAAACAAACUAUUCGUUAUAGAUGCCAUUGAUGAAUGUGUUGACCCUCGUGUCAAUAAAAAUCAUAUAAUGGAUAUUUUACUUUCAAGGAUGUGGAAAUUUCCAAAAUGGAUUAAAUUCCUGAUUACAUCGAGACAUAUAAAUCUUUCUGAAGAUAUUCUCCGAUAUUUUCACGAAAAGCUGCUUCUUGCGCAAGAUUCAAGAAAUGUCGAAGAUAUAAAUAAAUAUAUUAUAGACAACAUGCCUGUGUCUGUAGAUGCCGAUAUUCUCUUGAAACAGAGUGGUGGAAACUUUCAAUAUGUUAUAAGUGUACUGGAGCUCGAGGAAAAUAUAUUGAAUAUCAAUCAAAGCUUACCCCGAUCGAUGGAUGACAUUUAUAAUCAUAAUUUUGAUAGAUUGUUUCCUAACCAAGAAAGUUUUGACAUGGCAAAAACGACUUUUGAAAUUGUUGCAGCUUCAUAUUUCAGAAAACCGUCGGACCAACUAAACGAUCUGCUUUCUUGGAAUAAAAACCAACUUUACGGUAAAGCUACAUUACAAUUUGAUGUACUAAGUCAUUUUAUUGCAAACCAAAGUGAAGGGUUGACAUUUUAUCAUCAGUCGCUUUUUGUUUGGUUGACAAGCAACACAAACCAAAAAUACAGGAUUUCUGUUCCAAAUGGACAUGGGAUGAUUUCAAACUACUAUUUGAAUAAAUCACUCAUAAGUACAGUAUCAGAUCUGGUUAAACUUUCCAUUCACGUUGCGGAGUCAAGGAAUGAAACACUUCAGACCAGGUUUAUGUCCCUUCGUUUAGGCGAAUUUAAACAGAACCCUAUCCACGAGUUCAUUCGAAGAUACUCCUCUGUAGCGGGACUAAAACUGUUAUUUCACCACUUUCCCCGAUUGAAUGAUAUGGACAAAUACGGCGAAACUAUGGCGUUUAUUGCAGCCAAACAAGGACAUACAAUGCAACUGAAAUAUCUGGAAACACACGGGAAUAUCUUUACCUUUAGAAAACACAGCAAUGAUGUUUUAUAUAAGAAUUAUUUGCCAACAAGGUUAGGUCAGAACGAAACAUUAUCUGGAUUUAAUUUGUUACAUGUUGCUACGAUGUAUCAUAGGAUUGACGCAGUUAGAUAUUUACUUACAAAGCUUGAUACACCUACCAUUCAACAGAAAACUGCCAUGGGUCACACUGCAGAUGAAAUUGCAUGCGAAAAGGGAUUUUUAGACAUUCUCUCUGUUCUGAAACCAUCAGCCGAUAAGUUUGUGAAUUGUAUGUAUUACGCUGCUGCGGAAAAUCAUAUUGAAUUGAUAAAGAUUUUAUCGGAAGAAAUGAAAUCCUCGCAGAUUGAAUGCGUUUCUGACAGUGAAUCACAACUGGCGUUUGACCAAGUGACAGAAAUAGCUUUGGACAAUUGGUACGAAAAAGACCCGUCACAACUCCUAGAUUUGUCGUUGUCUAUCAGAGCAAUGAAAGACACACCCCUCCAUAUGGCCGUUAGAAGGUUCUCCGUAGACGUUGCAGAAUUUUUGAUAGACACAUAUCCUAAUCUUUUGAAUUGCAAUAAUGCGUUUGGAAUAACACCAAUGUUACUUGCAGUAAACUUGAACAGAUCUUCCCUAUUUAAAGGAAUGGUUAACCAGGUUAUGUUGGACAAAUGCUCUGAAAGAUCGUUGGUAAUUAACAAAACCUUAGAGCAUACCUGGAUGGGUUAUUCAGAUAUUGGCUUUAUACAUUACCUUGUGAUGUUUGGAAUAUGUGACAACUUCUGCAUCCCGGGGAUGACAUUCGCCCACCUUGCUGUGCUUCAUAACAGACAACACAUGCUAAAGUUUGUUCAUUCUAAGUAUGGCUCAAUGUUUGAAUGGAAUGUUAAGGACUAUUCAGGGAGAUAUCCUCAUGAUUACAAAGGAAUAUCUGACACUGUAUUAUACCGAUGUAAGAAAUUCUUCUCUCUAGUUGAUUCUGGUUUACUGGAAAACCAGAUACAUUGAUACAUGGUAUUAAACAGAAACUACGAGAGACAAGGAGGAUACGUUUUCUAGUACGUUUUCAUGAUUCCUAGCCUCUGAUCCCAUUUCACAACAUCUUUUGUACGAUAAGGUUUGGUCAGGUAUUGAACUCUUGAUCUCCAAUAGGAGAAGACUCUAGAUAAACCCUGUGUACGAGAUAAACCCUGACAGAUAAAUAUAUACAAGUAUGGACUGACAAUGUUAUGCGCCUUGGAUUUUUAUGUUUAAACUUUUGGCUACUGAGCUUGUUUCUGUAGUUUUUCACAUAAGUAUUAGAAGUUGUGUGGUUUGUAUCAUAUAUUACAUAGACUGGAUUUUUUUGUGUUCUACGUUUACAAUAUAAUACUACUAUGGCAGUAACAUAUAUGUCGGCGGAAAUGGAGGGCGGGAUGCUACUCACAGAUAGGGUCUAUGAUGGCAGCCAUAG